CCCCCCCCCGCCCCUUAAGGCGGAAGUAGAACUUCCUCGACAGUCGGUGAGAAGUGUGUCUGUCAAAAUAUUGUGUUCUGCUACUUCUGACAGUGACCGCUCGAGCUGCCGAAUACCUGCUCUAAGUGAUUGAAAUACAGAUCAGGGAUGGCACCAAAGAAAAGGGCUGCCUCAUCCACCAAAGCCAAUAAAGCGGGUGGAAAGAAGGUCAAGCAAGAGCCUGACACACCAAAGGAUGCCUUUACCUCUGCCAAAGAGGCUCUGAAGGCUGCAGGGCCAGAAGUUAAGGGCAAAAGGAAGGCGGAUGAGCACUGCUUGCUGUCAGAACAGCAGUCAGGAAGGGUGUAUGAAGAUUAUGAUUGCAUGCUGAAUCAGACCAACAUUGGAAAUAACAACAACAAGUUUUAUGUCAUUCAAGUGUUGUGUAUAGAUGACUCUUACUACUGCUGGACCAGAUGGGGGAGAGUGGGAGAAACGGGUCAGUCAAACCUAUCAGAACUCUCCAACAGCCCAGACAAAGCCAUCAAAGACUUUGAGAAGAAGUUCAAAGACAAGACGAAGAACAGCUGGAAGGAGCGGGACAACUUUCUGUCUCACCCGGGGAAGUACACCCUGAUAGAGGUAGAUGGAGACCAGGAUGCAGAGGUCAAGGUGGACUGUGUUGAUGGGAAGAUUGGCAAGGGCCCCAGAAACAUCCUCCCUUGCACCCUGGACAGCCCCACGCAGAAGCUCAUCCAGCUCAUCUUCAGCAAUGACAUGUUCAAAGAGGCCAUGGAGUGCAUGAACCUGGACAUAAAGAAGAUGCCUCUGGGAAAGCUGAGCAAGAUGCAGAUCGCUAAGGGCUUUGAGGUGCUGGAGGAGAUCGAGGGAGCCAUGAACGCCAGCAGACCCAAACUGGAGGAACUCUCCUCCAAGUUCUUCACCACCAUCCCACACAACUUUGGACGCACCAGGCCCCCAGUCAUCGACAGUUCUGAGAUCGUGGAGAAGAAGAAGGAGAUGCUUCUGGUGCUGGCUGAUAUAGAGAUAGCCCAGAACUUGAAGGCUGAGACUGAGAAGGCCCAGGAGCAAAUGGAGGUGGAGAAAGUAUCUCAUCCACUGGACCAAAACUAUCUGUCUCUCAGCUGCAAACUCGUUCUACUACAAAGAGAUUCACAGGAAUUCAAGGUCAUAGAGAAAUACCUGAAGGCCACUGCAUAUAGCCACAACCAGCCAAAGAUUAUAGAUGUCUGGGAGGUGGACAGAGAGACUGAGGCGGAGAGAUUCAGGGAGAACGACGGACUAGAGAACCGGCGUCUGCUGUGGCACGGUACCAAUGUGGCGGUGGUGGCAGCCAUCUUGAAGGGCGGCCUGCGGAUCAUGCCCCAGUCAGGGGGCCGUGUGGGCAGGGGCAUCUACUUUGCCUCGGAGAACAGCAAGUCAGCUGCAUACGUGCGUACAUCUAAAAACAGGGGGGUGAUGUUUCUGAACGAGGUGGCGCUGGGGAAGGAAAACACCAUCACUAUGGAUGACAGCUCCCUGAAGAAGGCUCCUUCUGGCUAUGACUGCGUGGUGGCUAGAGGACAGCUGGAACCAGACCCGUCUAAGGACAUCUUCCUGACUCUGGAUGGUAAGCAGGUGGCUGUGCCUCAGGGUGAGCCCAUUAAGCAGCCCCAGUACAAGGACAGCUGCUUCUCCAACAGCGAGUAUCUGGUCUACAAGGAGAACCAGUGUCGCAUCCGCUACCUGCUGGAGCUCAAGUUUUAACCGGAGAGGGGAAAGGCACCUAUGCCCUCUAGGAGAAAGAUGUCUCCUACUCUGUCUAAUUAGUAGAGUAUCAAGAGUAUUAUUCAAAUGAAGGUGGUUGUUGUUAGACAUCACUGUCACUGAGUACCAUAUUCAACCAAAGUUGUCUAUAAUGUAUCAGAUAUACUUCUCUGUGCCUUAUGCUUUACACAACAGGCUUUGAAGUCUUCCAUUGUCAGUUUUGGUUGCAAGUCGUUGGUGAUUCUACUCUUAACCGGAGUAUAAAUACUGCACUCUCACUUAAAAUUAUAAUCCUAAUUGUAAUUCUAUUAGUCUACAAUAUUUACUUUGAGCAGAUCAUAGUAUUGUGGAUUUUCAAUGUUAUUGUACUAUUUGGCCACUGAUUUCUGUUAUGGGAGGACUAUUCUCUUUACCUUUACUGGAUGUAGUGUGAAUACUGUACCUUUACUAAUAUGCAAUACAAUACCUACCUGUAUCUUUAUUCUGCAUUAUAUGUUUUCAUUUAGCUGUGAGUAUUUCCUACUCUGAAUAUACUUGUAUAAAGCUUUAUUUUCACUUACCUACUUUGUGAAAACAUCUCUCUUCAAUAACUGUUUGAAUGUUAGUGCAUGAAACAUAAUUCAAUACACUAGAUAGGCCUAGAUGCUGUAUUGGCAUGUAAUAAAAUGCACGAUUGAAGGAAUAACUGUAGACUUGAUCUGUAUGGUUUAGAAGUUUGAUUUGCAUGUGUUGUGCGUCUAUGAAAGAGACCAUGCGGCUUUGCAAAUCUAUAAUCCCAGUGCACUGUGUAUGUUAAUAUUCAUGUGUUACCUAGCAAGGCUCAAAGCUCCUGUGGUGAUGAUCAAUGCUCUUGUCUCAGUUUAUACAUUUUCCUGGGCCUGGGUCCAAAUUCACAAAGCGUCUCGAGUUGGAGUCGUGAUCUAGGAUCAGUUUUGCCUUUUAAAUCGUAAUGAAUAAUUUGAGGGUGAUCUGAUUCUGGAUCAGCACUCGAACUCUGAGACACUGUAAGACUAUGGGGCUGUUUAUUGCACACAGCAGCCGGUUGAGAGAAUGUCCUUCUGCCUCGUAACCAGGAGGUGUCACUAGUGAACAUCCAGGCUCAGACCACCUCUGAGCCUUUUUUCACCUGAUCUAUUUACUUGAAGGCUCAAUAAAAAAAUAACCCUCCUG